AGGGUUUAUGUAAACUCAAGACAGACACGGGACAACUAGUUGUCAACAUUUUUUUUUAUCUGAAUGUAGUAACCGGUAUGUGUCAACUAAUGGAUACGACUACAACAGCAGCUCCCCUGCAAAACGACUGUGAGACAGAAUUGGAAACUAAACCAAAGUGGUCAAGUUCGCUCUGGAGCUGGUGGCCUUCCUGGCGUCCAACAUCCAUGUCCCUUUUGAAGACUACAGAGUCCAAAAUACUUGCCUGUAUACGGAAUGACAUUUGGGCCAGAUUUGUGACUCUUCCAAACCAGGACCGAAUAUGGACUCUGACUGUCACCAACAAGGCAGCGCCUAACCCUGCAGCACAAGCAUCCAAGACUCCCCUGGUGAUGGUUCACGGCUUCGGAGGAGGCGUUGGACUGUGGAUCAGGAACUUGGACGGGCUGAGUCACUCGCGGACCGUCCACGCCUUUGACCUGUUGGGCUUUGGCAGAAGUUCCAGACCUCAUUUCCCCUCCGAUGCUUCCAAGGCAGAGGAGCAGUUCAUUAACUCCAUCGAACAAUGGAGGCAAUCUGUAGGGGUGGAGAACAUGAUCCUGCUGGGUCACAGCUUGGGGGGCUACCUGGCUGCCUCAUAUGCAAUCCAGUACCCUUCCAGAGUGUCGCACCUUAUCUUGGUGGACCCUUGGGGCUUCCCCGCGCGAGAUCAGAAUGGCACAGAGGUGGUGAAGAGGCCGACCCUUCCCCCAUGGGUGAAAGUUAUUGCAUCGGUCGUUUCCUUUUUCAACCCACUGGCUGUGAUUAGAGCAGCAGGCCCAUGGGGCCCAGGCUUGGUGAACAGAUUCCGUCCUGAUUUCAAAAGCAAGUUUGAAGAUCUGUUUGAGGACGACACAAUAACGCAGUAUAUCUACCACUGCAACGCACAGAAUCCGAGUGGGGAGGUGGGUUUCCGGGCCAUGUCUGAAACCCUAGGCUGGGCCAAGAAACCUAUGCUGCAUCGUAUCCACCUCCUGCCCCCGUCCAUGCCCCUCACCAUGCUGUAUGGAGCUCAGUCUUGGAUGGAUAGCUCGUCUGGGGACAGAGUGGCCGAGAUCAGGGGUCAGGCCUACACCAGAGUGCAGCUCAUAAAUCAUGCUACGCACCACGUGUAUGCUGAUGCACCAGAUGAGUUUAAGAAAGCGGUGGAAAAAAUCUGUAAAUCUGUGGACUGACUGUGUGUGUGUGGACCGACAAGGACUGAAUCUUCUUUGUUGGCAGAACCAUUCUGGUGGUUUCAGCUUCGCCAUGUCUAAAACGUUCUGCUUUGAAACAAACGUAGAUAUGAGUUUGAAUGUAAUUAUGUUAUCAAUGCCACUAUCCUAAAUCUCUAUAUUAGUAUUUGAAAAGUGGUGUUUUUGAAUAAAUAUGUUUAUAUCAUUAUUAAGUCCAUAAAUAUGUUUAUAUCAUUAUUAAGUCCAUAAAUGAUUGUGCUCACAUAAAAAACAUCCAAAUUUAUUUAAUUAUGGAUAGAUUUGAGUAAAUUUAUUUAUUUUUCAGAAGGAAAAAAAUUGAUGAACUGAUCGUUUAUUACUAAUUUGACAAAUUCAUUUUGACAUGUGCCUGAUGUUGUUAUUGCUUUUGUUUUUUCUUUUGUUUUCUUGUUUUUGUUUGUUUGUUUGUUUAUUUGGUGGUUUUAUUUUUUUCUUUUAUUUACACAGCUUUUUCUGUAUUUUUUUUUUUACCAUCAAUAAAGAAGAAAAAGCUUGUAAUAAUUUGCCAAACCUCCUGGUUGUGCUGCAUCAGUAAAGGUCAGUUGGUAAUUUGCCUUCUGUUUUAUUCCUCUGUCAGUGCAGUGAGGCAGAUGUUGGAUCAAAUGCAACGUUAUGCUCUGGAAAACCAAGUAAAUAAAGUUUCUGAGUUAAAAGCUAA